AUGGCCCCGGGUGCGCACCUCGUCCGGCAGCUCUCGACGCUCAACGAAGCAUAUGCACUUCGCGACAAGUUCAACCGUGUCCUUGUCAUCAUUGCGUACAUCAUUGGCGUCGUUGUCGUCGUACUUGUCACGAUCGACGCGUUUGCCAACAACUGGGCCAUCAUCGACUUUAUCGGCAACGGCAACGAGUUCAUCACGCCGGUGGCUAGUGUCCCCGACGCCAACGAGCUCGACAAGUACUACACGUUUCCGCUGCGUCGGCCGGUCUCGAGUCUCUCAAGCAUUGGGCUCUGGAUGAUCAACUACAGCGUCACGAACCUUGGGAUGCUCGGUACCAACAUUUACCUCUUGUCGACCGACACGUUCUCGGCCGACUCGACCGUCGCAUUUGUUUGCACCAAGUUCAACGGCGUCUACCCCAUGGACAUCAACACUGGGAGUGCGCUCAAGCUCGCGUCGGCGCAGGAUUCCAUCACGUUUCUUCGCGGCAACGCUCUCUCGAUCGCGUUCUCGGACGAAGCGACGGCCAAUCUGGCAAAUGCAACCAUGGGCAGCGUCGAUAUCCUGGCGCGGGGGUACCAAGCCGCGCGCAUCGAGACCGACCUCCGGCUCACGCAGCGCAUCCAACUCGUCAACACGAGCGACACGCAAGUGCAGCUGGUGCCGUUCUAUCGCAUUUACACAAAAGGCUAUUGCACCGGCUGCACGCCGAUCGCCGAGCUCGGCCAUAGCGUCUGUAACUUUAGCAUGCGCUACAGCCAUGGCAACAAGACGCUGCGCGUUCAGACGUCGCCGCUCGCCAACACGCAGUACCGCAUGGCACUCAUGAUCCAGCGCAAUGCGUUUAGCACUGCGUCGCACUGGAUCAAAUUCAUUGCGCUCUUCUUUGCCGCUGGGGGCUACCUUGCGAGCCGCCGGACGGUGCAGUGGCUCGAGGUCGACCCGACAAAACCCGAUACGGUCUUUACGCGCGCGCUCCAGACCGUGGUCCCAAAAUGCUUUCCGCAUCUGAGCCAUGCGCUCCGCUUUGAUAUGUUUUGCUACAACUCGGAUUUGUUUGUGACGCUCUUUUGCAUCUCGAUUGUCCUCGACAUGAACGCGUCGCUCAUCUACAUUCGCGAAGUCAACGUGUACAACAAGGCCAGUCCGCAGUUCUUUAUGAGUGUGCGUCUUUUCGCCUUGAGUUUGCGUCUUCUUUGGCUCAACUGCGGCAUUCUCAAGGUUUGUAAAAUUGGCUUGAGUAUCGUGAGCACUGCCACGUAUUGCGGCGAGAGCCGAUUCAUGGGCUACUUCAACUUGACGAGCGUCACAUCUUUGUAUCUGAGCGCGAUCUUGCUCUUUUACAUCCCUGAUUACAUCGAGUACAACAACAGCGUGCGCCGAGACCUGCAAAACACGGUCGAGAACCUUGAAGGUAUUCCCGUGAGCUUCUACAACAGCUUUUACUUUCGCGUCAGCUACGCAGUCUUUGGCGGCUUGAUUGCCAACAUUCUCUUGGUGACGCUCGUGGACCAAGUGCUCAACCGUCCUUUUUGGAAGCUUCUGGUGCGCAACAGUCUCUGUCGUCAAGCGCUCUUCAACAGCACGUCGAUCUUAUGCGACUACAUUGCCGAUGUGCACGAAGACAAGAAGCACAAGAGCGUGCUCCUGGUCUGCAAGGCGCGCCGCCUGAGCACGCUCCAGUGGUUCUUCAUGACGCACAUGUUUACGUUUGGCUUGCCCGAGAAGGAACUGCGCGCCAAGAAGAACAAACAAACGACGCAGCCAACCCAAGGCACCGCCGCAUCGAGCGAGACAGGGCCCGGCCAUGAGACGUGCAUGGUGGUCCAAGACGGCAACCAUCACAUUCACCUUCUCGACGACCAACUUGCAGACGUCAAGAGCCUAGUCUACAACAUCAAGGUGCUCAAAGACACGACCGUCGUCAUCAAGUAGAGAGCGUCUUGUUGGUUUAUUUCUGCAUAAUUCAUGUUUGUGCAUCCUCUGUGAUUGAAAUAUAUCUGAUAAACCUA